UCCCGCGGCUCGCGUGGCCUCGCCUUUGUGUGCGGCGGCCGCAGCUCCCGGGCUCGUCGGCGGCCCCCGCGCGACACCCCUCCAGUCCCACAACCCGUGCGCUGUCCCUGGGCGCCCCCGGCCGGGCGUCCCCGACGGUGAAUCGCGCGGCCGCAAGGAGGCGGGUAGCGGCCCCGGCGAGCUCCAGCCUCGGCCCCCGGCCCCCGGCCCCGGCCCCGGCAUGGAUGUGAGGUUCUACCCCGCGGCGGCCGGGGACCCCGCUGGCCUGGACUUCGCGCAGUGCCUGGGGUACUACGGCUACAGCAAGUUUGGAAAUAAUAACUACAUGAACAUGGCUGAGGCAAACAAUGCCUUCUUUGCUGCCAGCGAGCAGACAUUCCACACGCCAAGCCUUGGGGAUGAAGAGUUUGAAAUUCCACCAAUCACGCCUCCUCCGGAGUCGGACCCCACCCUGGGCAUGCCUGACGUACUGCUACCCUUUCAGGCUCUCAGCGAUCCGUUGCCUUCCCAGGGAAAUGAGUUCACACCCCAGUUUCCCCCACAAAGCCUGGAUCUUCCUUCCAUUACCAUCUCAAGAAAUCUGGUGGAGCAAGAUGGCGUCCUGCAUAGCAAUGGGCUGCAGAUGGAUCAGAGCCACACACAAGUGUCACAGUACCGCCAGGAUCCCUCCAUGAUCAUGAGGUCCAUUGUCCACAUGACUGAUGCUGCUCGCUCCGGGAUCAUGCCUCCUGCCCAGCUGACCACUAUCAACCAGUCUCAGCUCAGUGCGCAGCUGGGCUUGAAUCUGGGAGGGGCCAGUGUGCCCCACACAUCUCCUUCCCCUCCAGCAAGCAAAUCAGCCACUCCUUCCCCUUCCAGCUCCAUCAACGAGGAGGAUGCUGAUGAAGCAAACAGAGCCAUUGGAGAGAAAAGAACGGCCCCAGAUGCUGGCAAGAAGCCCAAGACUCCAAAGAAAAAGAAAAAAAAAGAUCCCAAUGAGCCUCAGAAGCCAGUGUCAGCAUAUGCCCUGUUUUUCAGAGACACACAGGCUGCAAUUAAAGGUCAAAACCCCAAUGCAACCUUUGGAGAGGUCUCAAAAAUUGUAGCAUCUAUGUGGGACAGCCUUGGAGAGGAGCAAAAGCAGGUAUAUAAAAGGAAAACAGAAGCUGCCAAGAAAGAAUACUUGAAGGCCCUGGCUGCCUACCGGGCCAGCCUGGUUUCUAAGGCUGCUGCUGAAUCAGCGGAGGCCCAGACCAUUCGUUCUGUCCAGCAGACUCUGGCAUCGACCAACCUGACGUCAUCCCUCCUUCUGAACACACCGCUGUCUCAGCAUGGGACAGUCCCAGCCUCACCUCAGACUCUCCCCCAGUCGCUCCCCAGGUCCAUCGCUCCCAAACCCUUAACCAUGAGACUGCCCAUGAGCCAGAUCGUCACAUCAGUCACCAUCGCAGCCAACAUGCCCGCGAACAUUGGGGCUCCACUGAUAAGCUCCAUGGGGACGACCAUGGUUGGCUCAGCAGCCUCCACCCAGGUGAGUCCUUCAGUGCAAACCCAGCAGCAUCAGCUACAGCUGCAGCAACAGCAACAGCAGCAGCAGCAGCAGCAACAGCAGAUGCAGCAGAUGCAACAGCAGCAGUUGCAGCAACACCAAAUGCAUCAGCAGAUUCAGCAGCAGAUGCAACAGCAGCAUUUCCAGCACCACAUGCAGCAGCACCUGCAGCAGCAGCAGCAGCAUCUCCAGCAGCAGAUCAACCAACAACAGCUGCAGCAGCAGCUGCAGCAGCAUCUUCAGCUGCAGCAACUGCAGCACAUGCAGCACCAGUCUCAGCCUUCUCCCCGGCAGCACUCCCCGGUCACCUCCCAGAUCACAUCCCCCAUCCCUGCCAUCGGCAGCCCCCAGCCAGCCUCUCAGCAGCACCAGCCUCAAAUCCAGUCGCAGACACAGACUCAAGUAUUACCGCAGGUCAGUAUUUUCUAA